UACUGAUAAGUUAGGGCACUGUAGUGAGGUGUCUGAUGCGAGAGAAAGAGCAGGACGAGAAGAGCCAAGUCGCCAGCCACUAGCGUCUGUGCUCUGUGCUACUGCGUGUGAGCUGGGUAGUACAAACAGGAACACAAAGAGAGAGAGAGAGAAAGAGAGAGAGAGAGAGAGAACACCCAGAGCCAGAGAGGGAUAAAGGGGCAGCAAAGAAGCGAGAGGUGGGAGCUGGAAGAAGAAGAGAGAAAAGCUAAGAGGAGAGAAAUUUCAGAGAGGAGGGAGGGAGGAGGAGAGCCUUGGCCGCCAUGAUGGCCGGUGUGGCAGCUUGGAUGGAUAAAGGGAGGACACCACUCUUCUGAUGCUGCAGCGGUUCAUGAUUAAUACUGUCUGCCGCCGAGCUGUGUCGGGGGAGGUAAUUUUUAGGGAAUUGGUGAUGCUCCAACUCAUGAAUUCACUCAAAGAUUGCGCCUUGGUGUGUGGCCAGGACUGAAGAGUGAGAAAGGAUUGUGUUGCGGAGGUAUAUGAACAAGCAUUAGUUCUACAGUUAAUAUCAGAUAAUUCAUUGGCCAUAAGCUUCUCAAGGAAACAUGACAGAGUUCAAGGUUGGGAGCAUUGAUGCCCGAGCAACAAAGAUCAGAAAUGUCCCCAUUGCUGUAACCCCGGAAGGAUUCUGGUGCUGCCCGUCGCAGGCUGUACUCCAAAAAACAAUGAAGAACCAAAAUCAGCAGGCAAAGCCUAAAGGGGGUGCAUCUCCUCUUGCAUCAAAGGCCUCUUCAGUUCAGAGAGCGCCUACCAUUUCGUCAGAGAGAAGAGCGCAUUCAACUCCGACAAGGUCUAGAAUCAAUUCAGGUGAACAGAAGUGCUCACCAGCAGAAAAUUCAACGCCCAAUCCGCUGAAGGUAGCGAAUGACAGGCCACAGAAGCAACAUAAGAUAUCUGUUGGAUUUGGUCAACUUGAGAUGAGUGAUCUCAAGGUUGUGUUGUAUGGCAAGGAUGGGGUUGCUGUAAAAAUGAGUGUUCACAGGAACACACUUGCAGAAAAUAGUACCUGGUUUGCUGAUAAGCUCUCAAGGCAAUCGCCAAUAUCAAGCAUGGAGGUGCCUGAUUGUGAGGAUGUGGAGAUUUAUGUAGAAACAGUUGGAUUGAUGUACUGCAAUGAUGCCAAGCAAAGGCUUAUCAAACAAAGUGUUCCACGCGUUCUUCGGAUCUUGAAGGUUGCAGAACUAUUGGGUUUCCAAGCAUGUGUCUUGUCAUGUUUGGAGUAUUUGGAAGCAGUCCCUUGGGUCGGGGAAGAAGAGGAGAAUGUAGUGUCUUCUGUUCGGCAUCUGCAGGAUGGGAAUUAUGGCGUUAGCCCAAUACUGAAGAGGGUAUGCUCUGACCUAUCAAGCCCACCAAAUGACACAUUUGUUCAUAUCAUAGAAUUAGUCUUGAAGAGCAGUGAGGAUAGAGGGCGACGCGAAAUGAAAUCCCUGGUGCUGAAGCUUCUGAAGGAGAAUAGCAGCUCCAGUAGUUCUGUCGACAUAUAUGCUGAGACUCUAUACAGGUCUUCCCAGAAUUGUCUGGAAUCCUUGUCGACCUUGUUUCGACAAGUUACUGCUGAUGAUUUUGCUGAGCAAUCUUCAGACCUUAAAGAACCAGUUUUUCGACAAAUUGCUCUAGAAGCAGAUAAUCUUCUUUGGUUAGUGGAGAUUUUGGCCGACAGGAACGCAGCUGGCGAGUUUGCAGUUAUCUGGUCUAACCAGGGUGAGUUGGCUGAACUUCACUCCAGGUUACCAACCAAGUCGCGGCAUCUCGUUAGCUGCGUCACAGCAAGGCUCUUUGUGGCAAUUGGGAAAGGGGAGAUGCUCCCUUCAAAGGAUACAAGGAAGCUUCUCUUGGAUGUCUGGCUGCAGCCUCUCAUGGAUGACUACAACUGGUUGCAGCAUGGCUGCAGGUCAUUCGACCGCAAAGUUGUCGAGGAAGGAAUCGGGCGCACCAUCUUGACACUCCCUCUUGAGGAUCAGCAGACGAUAUUGCUCUCGUGGCUCGGGAGCUUCUUGAAGGUUGGGGAUAGCUGCCCCAAUCUGCUGAAGGCCUUUGAGGUGUGGUGGAGGAGGACUUUCGUGCGGCCUUAUGUUGAACAAGGGAAUCAAUCUCGGGCAGUUCAGAGUUGAGGUCUCAAGUGGUUACAGGCUGCAAGAAAAUUGUCAUCCUUUUUCAUGUAGAAUAUCACUGAGAAAGUAGAGUGGUAUUGUCUUACUUAGGUAAUGGGUAAUGUCUUACUUGGUAUGCUGCUACUGUUAGGAAGAACCCCAGGUACUGAAAACAAGAAGGGGAUGUAAAUUAGUACUUCUGUUGCAAGGCUUGAGAAUAUGUGCUUAUUGUGCUUAUGAUGCUUCAUAUUAUCAAAUAUAAUAUUAGUGAAGCUCUCUGAAUUCUGGGUAUAGAAUUU